AUACAUUUCAUUAUAAUAAAAAGUACAUUUUAUUUAUUAUAAUAAAAAUUACAUAGAAAUACCAGCUUUUUUGUGUGUCAUCGAAUCAAAAUAUACAUUUUUCCCAUUAUCUAUCUCGUUCCUUUAUUCGAAAUGCGUUAGCUAUUCACAAACUAAGCUCGGUCGAGUAGAUACAGAAAGUAUAUAUGUACAAGACGAUAAGUACUAGCAAGAUACAUCGAACGGUGUUGAAUUUCUAAGGAGACGCAAUUUACGGUAGAUUCCGUCAUCUCAGAAAGUUGUUGUCUAACUCUCGAUUCGCGUUUCGACAUUACGUGCAAAGCAAAAAACUAUGCGAGGAGAACUAGAGGAUGUCUGCUUCAUACCAAAAGAACCGAAUGGGGCUCAGUGACUUCCAUGCAAACAUACUUAGUCGCAAAUUUCCGAAAUUUAGCUAGAUAGGAUAGGGAGGGUACACUCCGCGCCUAGAACGGUAAAAAGGGUAGAGAGAACAAGAACGAUGUUUGGUCGGAGGUAACGCAAGAAGACGAAACCUGCGAGCGUAUUCGCAAAGGGUACCCUUUGGCCCCCGCGCGCUUCUCGGCUGGAAACUCCUCGACUCCCUGCUUGCGGUUCGCUGCUGCUAGUCCGAAUUUCGCCGUUUGGUGCCCUGUAUCGCAUUAGGUAGGAGUCCCGUCGUGGCCAGCAAGGACAGGCAGGGUGGAACGAAGGGGGGAGGGAAGGGGAGCAGCGGCGGAGACCGGGGCAGGGGGAGUGGUGGAGAAAGGCGAAAGCUCGCGGGGGUUGCAGGAUGGUAGCGGCGAUGGUAAUAACGACGGUGAGCGAUGGCGAGAAGAGGGCCGAGGGGAUAGGACAAGGGAGGAGAGAGGAGGGGGCGCACCGCAAGCUCGAAAGUUGGGAAAAAGCCAAGGAAGGGGUUGUGCUUGGUGCGCGGGCCAGCCGGAGGGCGCAAGCUCCGGGUCUUCCUGUGCCCUCCCACUUGGUCGCGCGAUAGGUGGAGCUUUCCUACCCGCCAAUACAUGUCCCGGGGAACGCGUACUCGCUCCCGAACGGCGCGAGUAGUGCCGAGCCGCCGCCACCGCCACCGUCAGUCCUUCCACAUCCACACGAAAACGCGCGUUCCACGGUGGUGGCACACCGUGGUGUGUGGUGGCCCCUCGGCGCCGGCUCCGCUGCUGCUGCCGCCGCCGCCGCCGCGCCGUGCGUGUGGCUGAUCAGGUCAGGAAGAUUGUCGGGGCCCCCCCGGUUAGAGAGGAUAACGCGCGCGCGAUAACGCCGCGGAGCACCACCCGCGAACGCGAGCGUGAGACCACGGUGAAUAUAACCCGCCGCCGUCCGUCGGCGCGGAAGGCCCCACCGAGUGGACGGAAUGUACGAUCGAGAGGGUUGGGUCGCCAGGUGAAAAUUAACGCGGACUCACGUCCCCAUGGUGUGCUGUGUGCGCGGAGGGAGAUGUCGGUGAACGUAAGAAUAGUUCUACCAAUGUGGACCGAUGUGCACGGGAAGAUCGGUUACGUGGCGGCGCGAAAAGGGUGAAUCUCCGUUAUCGUUAUCGUUAUUCCGGGUCUGGUAAAAGCGGGUUGUGUUACCGCGAGGUAUAUAUCGCACUCGUGACAGAGCACUCGUCGGAAUAAUCUUGUAAUUGUCGUUGCCGGAAGAUAUUUUCAUUGACGAUGAUGGCGGGAAUUUAUACGUAUUAUAGUAUAGCAUUCUCAAAACAGAAAUAAUAAUUUGAUUGAAAUGGACAUUCCUUUCUCUCACUUUAAUUGUCUUAUAAUACCUUGAUGACGAUCGGGGAGUGAUCGCAUGACGAAAUUCCGAAUAUUAUACGAUACACUACUUUCGCUGGAGCAUAAUAUAACGCACAUCAUGCUCAGAAGGGGGAAGAAAAUUGAUUUGACAGUGAUUAAUAAAUCAGUUUCGAGAUAGAAUCUAUGCAUUGGCAUGCAUAAACCGAGCUAAUAAGAUAAAUACGCAUUCCCAAGUUACAUAUUAAACUAAAUUUUCGAGAUAUCAAUCAUAUAUAUAAAGAGGAAGAGAGAGAGAGAGAGAGAGAGAGAGAGAGAGAGAGAGAGAGAGAGAGAGAGAGAGAGAGAGAGAGAGAGACUCACCGUGUCGUAAGAUACUCUUCUACGGCUUUUGUAUCUGAGAAGUAUGAUCUUCAGAUCAAAUAUAAGUGCGCGCGUGUGGUUCGUGUGUGUGUACAUGUGCUGUCAUCACCACCGUCCGCAGCAGUAACGGAAAAGAAGAGGGCUCGACCCGCAGUGGCCGGAACCACCGAAAAAUGAACGCGACGCCGCUACGAGUUAUUUCCGGUUUGCUUUUGUUCGCCCUCGCCACAUUACACCUCGUUUACGCCAGAAACGGACCCAAUUAUUAUGGUAAAUAUAUCGGAUCCUUACAAGAAUACGCGCACGGCAUCAAAGGUAAAGUUUAUGCUGUUGACGAUGCAACGAUAUUCAUAAAAGGCUUUUGUUACGACGGCACCGGUCCAGAUGCUUAUUUUUGGGUUGGAAAUACCAGUCAACCCAAUCCUGAUGGUUACAUUGUACCAUAUCCCGAAACUGAUAAGGGCAGUGAUCCACGAGUAUUGGAAGCAUACAACUACACAGACAUUAUCCUGAGGUUACCCGGAGGAAAACGUAUACGAGACAUUAGAUGGCUGAGCGUUUGGUGCAGAAGAUUUACAGUUGAUUUUGGCGACGUUUUCAUACCGCCUGACUUGAAAGUGCCGAAAUUGCAAGUACUUCCUGAAUUUUCGAGAUUAGCGCACGGCCUCCGCAGCGGCAACAUCAGUAUUCUAGAUAGUAAAACGAUCUACAUUCCAAAUUUACAUUACGACGGUGGCGGACCGGACGCUUACUUCUGGGUAGGCAAUGGCACCGAACCCAGUCGUUUUGGUAUCAAGGUCCCUAAUGAAAUGGGCAGAAUAGUACCAUUAAGAGCAUAUCAAGGAGAGGACAUUGAGAUCGUUUUGCCGGGGAAUUUGACAGUGUACGACAUCAGCUGGCUCUCAGUGUGGUGCGUCGAAUACAGGCACAAUUUCGGGCAUGUUCUAAUUCCAAAGGAUCUCGACGUUCCUCCGGCUCUCGGCCAGACGAAAAUUACGCCGCCGUGGUGGUACAAUCCAACGAGCAGCACACCAACGCCUAAGCUAGUGAGCAACUGCAAGGAGAUGCUGGAUGGCCGUGUUCAAGUGCAGUGGCAGCUGAAGGAUGAGGAUCACGUGCAGAUUCGGAUCUCGGGACGUAUCAAAGAGGACCAGUACGUGGCGUUUGGGUUGUCGGGUCGGGAUGGCAAGUCCGAGAUGGUUGGCGGCGACGUCGUCGUGAUCGGAUACAAUAAUAAAACCGGCAAGUUCAUCGCCGAGGAUUAUUACAUGACAGACAUAUCUCAGUGUGAUGGCAAGAGGGGCGUUUGCCCAGAUCAGAGGAUCGGUGGGAGGAACGAUGCAAUUCUCGUACAUGGGGAAAGGAAGAAUGGCGUAACAACGGUUACGUACACACGUCCGUUGAGGACCAAUGAGCCAGAGAAGGACAGGAUAAUCCCGGAAAGGGAAACGAGCGUGAUCGCUGCCAUCGGAUCUCUGAAUGCGCGGGGCGAAGCCAAUGCUCAUGAGAGAUUCGAUAAGACUACCGAGGAUAUUCGUAUCGAUUUUACGUCGAGGAAUGUCCACGAGUGUACAAAUUCCCUAUACAAUAUUCCGGACGCGGAUCCCGAUCUUGAACCCUGGACGCCGGCAGUUAUCACCGACAAGAAUGUUUUCAAUGCAAGAAUUGGUCCGACUGGUGCGAAAAGAGGAUAUUCACGAAUUACAGGUACACCUUCUUGGGGCAUUGCAUGGUAUAUCAAUGAAUUGCUGAUCCCGGAGAUCACCGUCGAGCGAGGACAGACUUAUACCUUCAUCGUAGAAGGUGGAAAUGAUCCUGCCAAUCCAGCUAGAUAUCAUCCAUUCUACAUAACUGACAGUCCGGAGGGUGGUCUUGGGCAAAACAUAGGGAAACAAAUGGAAGAAAAGGUAUAUGCUGGUGUAAAGUACGAUUCCUUCGGGUACAUCUAUGCAACCGCAGCUGGCCGUUAUUGCGAAUGGGUUCGUACAACGGUGGAUAAUGCGGAUAAUUAUGAGACAUUUAAGAGCUUCUUCCAAACGCUUGAACUCAAAUGCGACAAGGGUGAGCCUGCCAAACUCAUGUGGACCGUGGAAGAGGACACGCCGGACUUAGUUUACUAUCAGUGUUACACGCACAAAAAUCUGGGCUGGAAAAUUCAUGUCGUCGACCCGCAAAAAAAUGGCGUCAGUCAAGUUUUGCCUAUGUUUAUGAUGUUUGUGGCGUCCAUUAUCGCACUUCUUUUAUUUUCGAGAUGAAUCAUCGCGUUUCCUUCUUUUAACGCGGAACAAAUAAUAGCAGAUAAAGAUGACGACGAAAACUGAUCGGUUUAAGAUAAUUGUGAAAACUGCAACAAUGUACACACGAUUGUUAAAUCGAUAAAACACAUACAAGGUUGUAAGAAAGUAUUUAGUACAUAAGGUUUACUUGUAAGGUAAAAGAUUAGCAAAAUAUUUUUAAGAUCUAUCAGAUUCAAUAUUUCAUAUUAUAUAUAUAUAUGAGAUAUAUAUUAUAUAUAUAUACAUACAUAUACAUAUAUAUAUAUAUAUAUACACACAAAUACACAUAUACAUGUAUGAACAUGAACGCAAAAUUUCCAUACUCUUUAACAUCGAGUUGACAAUAAUAUUGAUUGGAAGUGGAUAGCCAAUGAAAUUCUGACAAUAAUCGUGAUCAGAACUGAACAAAUGAAAUUCUGACAAUAUUAUCAGAACUGAGUAAUUAAAUUUUGACAAUAACGAACGAUUGUUCAUUAUUAGGGGAAGGAUAUGUCAAACGAUAUCCGGAGACGAGCUGAUUAGUGCAUAACUAUAGGUAUAAAUUUAAUGCGAAGAAAUGGAGGUGCAUCAACAUGUACAAUGUAAAUUUUGCACAAAACUAUAGUUGAUCUUAAUAUAAUUUUAAAUCGACGCUAAUACGUAAGAAAUACAUUUAUAAAUGCUGUCGACUUGACAAUAAUACGUAGUGUAGUCAAUCGAGAAAGAGAGGGAGAGAGAAAGAGAGAGAGAGAGAGGGGGGGGAGGGGGGAGAGAAAAGAAAGAUUAACGAAAAGUGAAUUAUGUACAAGAAAGUAAAGAAAAAGUAAUAGUUAAGAGAUGUGCGAGUUACAAACUAUCCCCUAUACAUGUAACAAUGUUAUAAUAUGUAUAUACUAGAGUGGACCUUCUUAAAACGAAGAAAGUGUAAAAUGUGCCUUGGGUACAGAUAAUAAAUGUCUAAUUACAAGGAUUAGGAUCCACUCGGCAAAAGGACACCGUCUAGUACUUUGGAACUGGUCUCUUGUGCGUGAAGCGUGUUGCAUGAAUAAAAAAAGCUACAAGUUAUAUUUUAUAGAAAAAAUAUAUCGUAGAAACUAUUAUUGACAUUAUUUUAAAAAAUAUUUUUUAAAUAUGGUUUUAUUUAUAUGUAUAUUUUAUACCGGCAUAAUUAUAAUUAUUGUAUUAAGCAAUGCAUUUUUCGCAAGUAACAAGAAUAACUCCCACAAGUACAAUAACAAAAAAAAAAAAUAAAAUUAUAUUAAAAAAUAUCAAAAGCUUGUGCUUUUGAUAUUUUUUAAUAUAAUUUUAUUUUGCUGCAAACUUGUGCAGAUAUUUUAUAAAUAUAAUUCAUAUCGCAAAACGUACAAGGGACAUAAGACGUGCAACCAAGAGAAAUCAGCGGAAUACAUAAUCAACUUAGAGUAGUGAAUUUAGUGUAAUGCCAAGUUUUGAAUGUGUGUCCAGCUCCUAAGUGCCGGGGUGUCCAUAAAAUUCGCAGCAGCAAAUUUUUUGCGACUCAACCGCUUAUCGCACGAAGACCAGUAUCUAUACUUAAUUACAUACAUACAUACAUACAUACACACAAGUAUCAUACAUAUACCAAACAAAACUCUCUGAAAAUUAUUAUCUAGCCCUUUAUAAAGGGUGAAGUGGUGAAACGAGAGAUGCAUGAAUAGGGAUUCGUACUAAUUACCGUAUAAGUAAAUAAAUGACAAUAAAAACGUUUACCGAUGUUUGUGUCGCUGAAUUUUCGAUAUGACAAUACUUGAGAGCAAUCACGAUCAAUAACGAGAUCUUUGCUCGAGGCGUAGGCUAUGUCGCUAUAUUUUUCAUUUGUUUUUUCUUUUUCUAAGGAAGCCGUUUGAAAGUAACAGAUUCUAGCUUGUAAGUGGAUAAAACUCCUACUUCUGUGAAUGACAAUAAUAAAUUAUCAACUUGCGGGAUUUACAACAAAAGCGGGCUGCUCCCAGAAAAGACCGUUUUCUUUCUUACAUCAAUCUACUAUAAUCAAAGCUCGCAAAUUUACAUAACAAACUACAUGUGUACGAAUCAAUCAUUCGCCCAUAUAAAUGUACGAAAUUAUAAGCCAUGUAUUAUUCUGCAAUAAAAUGUAAGUCGUAAGACGCGUAGGUGAAGUGUUCCAUUCGCAUAACAUGUACAUGUACAGAUAAUAUAGACAAUAAUGUAGACAAUAAAGUAUAUAUAAAUAUAUCGUUCGUAGUAUGAGUACAAAUAAAAGUUCAUUAUAGUUUCAAUUAAAUUAACAGAGUUAAAUUGAAAACUUUGGAAAUGUGUUUCAGUCUCGGUUCAAGUUGUUACAAAUAAAUAACUAUUUCUUAUAGGUACACUUUUUUCUCUAAAUCAUGAUUUGUCUAUUUUGUUAAAUUUGUGAGAUAAAACGUGAAAAAAAGAAAGUGAACGCUAGUGAACAUCUUUGUAUUAAUUGAUAAUUUUUACGUGUGUUUAAAAACUGAACUUUAUUUGCUCACGAUUAUUUAACUUAUGUUAUCUCUUCAGUUGGUCGGUGUGUAUUUCAAAUUUUCCAGGAGCAGUCCGAUGACGUCCCAAGUUGCUAGUUCAUAAGAGACAAAUAAUAGCUUAGGUCUUAAGGAAACUUUUUGGCUAUAUUACUGUACAUUAAUACUAAAGGCUAUAUUACUGUACAUUAAUAAUAAAAAGGGGAGAAUAUGUUUGUGGAAGCGCCUGCGAAGACUAAAUUCAAAAUAUUAGUCGUUCGGCACAGCAUACGAGCGAUUAUCGUCAAUGUUGUACAGUUUCAAACGUGAUUUCGAAUUGUUAGUGGUACUUAGCGUGUAAUAUUUACAACUCUAGAUCUAUAUCUUUGAAUUAAUAUAAUUAAAACGAUCUACUUGUAAGCUUCCAUCCAUGCAUGGUUACUAUGUAAGACACGUGAAGCGACAGAGAUGCGGUGAGAUAGAAUGAAAAAUUCUUAUUGCGUUAUCAUGCGAAUGCAAUUUAUGCAAUUUUCCAUAAACUGCGGAUUCUAAUGAAGACUAGUUAUAUAAUUAUAUUAAUAGGUUUUGCAAAAGAAUUUUGGAGUGAUAUCUUAGCGCACAUUUUUCGUUGCGUUUUAAUUGCAAUACUUUUUUAGAUUUCAUACAUUUUUCAAAACAUGUAUUUAAGCGUGGAAACAUUCCGAACAAUAUUGCAAUUUUAUCCUAAAAAAGCUCUAUAAUUAUUUUAUAAUAUUUUAAUAUAGAUUUAUGAUCGAUUUUUAUUAAAUAUACAACUUAUUAAUAUGUUACCUACGAUUAGCAAUUAUCGGAAAAUUUUUGUAAUACUGUAUCUCUGUAUAUUACACACAUUUCAUUGAAAAUGAUGAAAGAGAAGUUCUGAGAUUAAUAUGAACUAACUACGAGUUAGUAUCGGCAUUUUUCACUUUGCGAUUUUCAUUGCUAUUCAUUGUACUCAUUUAUACGCAAAAUUAACAUAAUAUUGUAAAAGUUUUUUACUAAUUUUCAUUUUGUUUUUCUUUUUGCGCGAUAAUUGUAUACGUUUCAAAACUGUACAACUAGCUUUGUAUACGCGCAGACUAAUAUUUCUGACAAUAUAUUGUAAAAACGAUCGCUUAAAUACGAACGGUCUUGUAACUUCUCGGUAAGAGGAAUAAAUAACUCUGUAAGAGUUUGAGAUAAAAGUUCUUUUACAAUUUAUAUUAAACAAGGAAUGCGUUGUCAAUAUGUAUACAAAACGAUGAAGUCGAAUUACACGCUAAAAAGUCUUGUUGAAUUAAUUAGAAAUCUGGUAAGUUCAACUAGAAUCUGAUUGAACUUAUCAGAUUUCCAAUUAAUUUAACAAGACUCUUUUUUCAGUGUACCGCGCUUAAUACUUUUGCAAGUAUUGCGUCCCGCAAAAAUUUCUUUUGUGGUGUGUAAAGCCGGAACGGUUGCAACAACAUCAACGUUAAUCAUCUUUCGAUAUUAUUAAUACAAUAAAGCUAUUUUUUCAUAAAAGUAAGAAUUAUUUUUAUGAAAAAAUUUAUUAUUAUAAUUAAUUAAUUCAACAAUUGAAAGGAGGAAUAAAGAAAGAUCCACAGACAUUUUCUGUUUUUUCCAUCUUCAAGAAAAAAGGUUUUUGAUUUUAAAAUUCAUGAAAAAAGGUUUUAAUUUUAAAAUUUAAAACAGUGCUUAGCAUAUUUAUUAACUUUACGAGAUUCAUUUUUUAAUUUUGAAAAAAAUACUCUUCGACUUUUAUAUUGACUUUUUUAGCACUAUAUCAAUGAAGAUUGCGUAUAUUAAAUCGUAUUACAUCUGAUGUUUUUGGUUGUAUAAUUUUCUCGAGUAUUCGCUAUUCUCUUAUGAAUAUAAUAAUGAAAAGGUUGAAGCUUUGCUAAAUGCUAAUUGAUGUUGAUGUAUCCGAUUCCUAGAAAGAAUGAGAGAAUUUUGUAAAAAUUUUAGUGAUCUUAUUGGAAGCCUCACAAACACUCAUUUUUAAACAUUUUCUAUUCCGCAUACGAAAAGCGCAUCUGUACUGAAAAAUUAGGAUAUCUCACGUAGCGAUUGAAAGUAUUAGUCGACAAAUGAAAAUUGAUCGUCAGGACUACAUACACGCGCGCGUGUCGAAAUAUGUCCGAGAAAAUUGUCAACCCUUUCAUUUCUCUUCAACAUUUACGUGUUAGGCUAGUUUAACUAACAACUAACUCCACUAAUCGUCUAAUCGUUAUCAAGGAAUCUCUAUCCAAGACGCUCGUUUAUCUCUCCUGUUUCAAGCAAAUGCCCAAACUAAACGAGUUUAAAUUCGAUAAAAAUACUCGAAUGCCGAAGAAUUCUGACAUGACAUCGCUCUUUUCACAGCGCGAACAUCAUGUUAGAUAAUACCGUGCUGAAAGAUGAAAAAUAAUAAUUUUUUCGAGCUCGAAUUUAUCAAGUGCAUUAUCAUAUUUCUUUAAUUAAUUUCAAAUGGAUAUAUAUGCAAAUAAUGCAAAUUGAUAGAUGUCUAAAGGCAUCAAAGGAAAUCUCUUUAGAUGCUCAAACGUAUUUUAAACAUUCUUUGUAUAAUGUAACGUUUUGAAGAUCUUUUGAGAUCUUGUUGUCUUUCGGCGCGGUCAAGUUCUAAAUACCUUUGUGUAUUCUCCAUCUCAUGUAUUGAGACAAAAAUUCAUGAUGGUUUUCUCAUAUACGCAUUAGAAGAAGUUAUUCUAAAUAUCUGUAGCUCUUCAUUCAUUCAUUCGAAGCAAGUUUGCCUAGAGAUCAUUAAGAUAUCAAUGCUCAUGGUUUCAUCGUCGCGAGCACCACAUAAAACACUUAAUGAGAAGUCAAUCCUUAAUGUUUAAAUCGUAUUUGACAUAUCUUGUAAGAUUAAAAAAAAAGUCGGUCAACGUCAAUCGCGAAAUGCGCGAGCGUUAAAAUUCCGAUUGUUUAGUAGAUAGGAAAACUUGUCAAAAAUGUUAAUUUUCUUUAUAUAGUCUAUAUUUAAUGUAUCGUAUAAAUGUUUUUUUCAGUUGAUUUGUAGCGUUUACUUAGAAGGCGCACGCGUCCGAUCCUUAAAAUCAAAGCCAUGCGUUCGAAGGAAGAGAAAAUUUGAUGAAAAGACUGCUCUCGUUUUUCGACAGUACAUCGUUCUCUUUGAAAAUAGAAUAGAAUAUGCAAUGAAUCAUAUCACACUAUUGCUUUUUAAUGUAACAACAUUCGUUCAAGAUUUCAAUGGGGCGCGUCGUUUUAUUUCAGGCUUUAUACUUGCAUUCUGAACACGCGUAUUGAUUGUUGUGCACGAAUUUAUAUUAUGCGAUCUGAUCAGGAUAUGUGAUUAGAAGCGUCUUAUCAAUUGUAAAACCGAGUUCUAAGUGUCGCUGCGAGAAUAUGUAUCUCAGGAUGUUCUGCUCUUUUACGAACUAUGAGUUUCGUCGUACAUUUUACAUAUUAAUCUUAAUGGCUUUGAUAAUAGCGCCACAUUUAUUAAUAAUUGGGUAAAAGGAGCAUAUCUAAGUAAUCACGAAGUAUAUGAUAUAUUAUGAUUACGAAUUAUUGAACAUUGUAUCAAAUUUUAUAUUCACUUCUUGUGGUUGACAAUAAACUGGUUUUAUAAAAAAAAAAAA